AUGGAAGAGAAGCUCGCGGCACUGAAUCAUUGCAGGAAACCGCAGUCGCGACUGCUACUCCUGAAACGCUGGACUCUCCUGUCAUUGACGGCAUUGUUCGGGCUGCUGAUUGUAUCCAAGCUGAGCGGUCUGGUGAUAGAAUGGCGGCCGCGGUGCGGCCACAGAGAUCAAGUAUUCAAUGAACCCACUGAGCCGAUUAUCCAAGAUAAAAACGACGAUAUGUGGCAAACAUGUGGAGAUCUCUCGGGUAGCCCAGUGCAAUGCAGCAGUAUCGAAGUCCCGAUGGAUCAAUUCGACCCUGUAAAUUCAGGAAAUAAGACUUUCACCAUACCACUCAUCCGUCUCCCUGGCAAAAAAGGGAGUCCAACCCUUCUCACCAACCCCGGCGGACCUGGAGGGAGCGGUUUCGAGUUCCUAUAUCGCCGGGGCGAGCAGCUCAAGGCACUAAUUGGCGAUGGGUUCCAUAUCGUCUCAUUUGAUCCCCGCGGCGUGAAUAGCUCAACGCCCACUUCCUCCUGCUACCCCGAUGCUAAGACGCGAGAUGAACUGUCACGGGUUCGAGCCGGCAAUGUCUCAAAAGAUAGCUCUGAGGUCUAUGCGUGGACGAAGAAUUUUGCUCAAGCCUGUCAUGAUACGAUGGGCGAAUAUGGCAAAUAUAUCAACACUCCACAGACUGCAGCUGAUAUGAACAGUAUAUUGGAUGCACUUGGUCAAGACGAUAUGUUCUAUUGGGGUUUCAGCUAUGGCACUCUGCUUGGGCAGACGUAUGCAGGCUUAUUCCCCGAGAGAUCAAAGCGUGUGGUUAUCGAUGGAGUGGUGAACCAGUUUGAGUGGUACGAGAAAAAUUUCGAGUUGGAGUCGAUGGUCGACACGGACUCUGUGCUUUAUGGCUUUUUUGAUGAGUGCAUGAAGGCUGGCACCGAAAACUGCGAGCUGUCAUCACUUGCAACAUCCACAGAAGCACUGCGCCAGACAGUAGUCUCAUAUCUGGAGACACUUCAAGAGGAGCCAAUUAGUGUCUAUAUCAAUAACUCUGUCUACGGCUUGCUCGACUAUGAAAAGAUCUUGUAUAACGGCAUCUUCCCCGCCUUGUACAAACCCUCGACAUGGUUCUCUCUAGCUGACAACCUAUACAAACUGAUUCAAGGGAACGCGACCAAUGCUUUCUUGACGUAUGGUACUCCAGAACCAAAACUAGACGAAUCAAACGAUUUUGUGACCCUGAAUGACGGACUCACUGGCCUCAAUCAUUGGCCCCAGGGUAAACAAGAAAUGCUCGAUUGGAUCAUGCCAUGGCUCAACCAAAGCUUGUUUAUUAGUUGGAAUCUCAAGUCAUACUACUUGAAACAGCAUUGGAAUGUGCCAAGAAUACAUUCAUACGUUCCACGCAAAGGCGUUGAAACGGCACAUCCACUCCUGAUCCUAUCAACUACCUACGACCCCGUGUGUCCACUCAUAUCAGCGCACUCAGCCAAGGAGGCAUUUUUGGACUCGCAGAUUGUUGAAGUCAAGGGCUAUGGGCACUGUUCUAUUGCAGUCGCGUCCACUUGCGCCGCGAAAAUCUUGCGUGAGUUCUUGUAUGAAGGCAAACUGCCCAGCGCAUAUACACAGUGCGAGGUAGAUUCGCAAUACUUUGUCAGGCCGGAUAAUGGUGAACGACUCAUCGCCCAUAGACACUUCGAGGAUCCGGAGGAUGAGAAGAUCCACCUUGCACAAUUGGCACUAGCGAGAGACUGGGACUAUUCAGGGAUGCGACGAUAUUAG